GUUAGGUUUGGUGCUAUAUGCGCUCUUCUACAACGACAUAGACAUUUUAUCUCAUCAGUCACUCUCCGGUUAACUUAACAAACGCGAAAUCCCGUUUGCCUUGUUUCCUUUCUAUCAUACAAUUUCUGGGGUGAUGCACACUCAGCUGGCGAUUUUAAGCAUUCCAUUAGCGAUUACCAUAAUAUCAUUACCUCCUAGCACUUCAAGAGUCACAGCCAGCAAAUAGACAUCAUCACUUGGGGCGGUAGUCAUCAUGAUAGACUUAGAUGGAUCGGACUCAGGUCCAGAGAUCUUCACUCCAGAACCUGAGACGGGAUCUCAAUCUCAACCACUCACCCUUAUCAACAAAACACUCGAAUAUACCUUCAUAAUACCGACAUUUCUAUACGCCAACGCAAUCCAACUGCGAGACAGAUUUCUAAAAUCUAUCACCAAUUCAAAGGGAAUGGAUUAUGAGACAGGAAGUCCAUCAUCUGUCAUUGAACUCGUCUCAGAAUUUCUCGGCUUUAUUACCAAGGAAAUAGAGACGGAUGUCGAUCCUAGUUUCGAUAGGGAGGUACUGAACUUCGUCCUUCAAUCGUUUGAACGGGAGUUGCUGCACGGGGAAGAAGUUCAUGCAUUCGCCGCGAUACUUCCGGAAGACAUCGACAGGCUUAGUAUAAUACGAUCAUAUUACCUUGCUGUCGGUGCAGUUAGACGAACUGGGGGAGUACCAGAUUCAGCUCUCAUGCGCGCAGCUUUGAAAGGUACCGCUCGCGUGUAUGCUGUAUUCGGCGGUCAAGGCAACACGAAAACUUAUCUAGACGAGCUACGAGAUGUUUAUGACACAUACCCAUCUCUCACGAGGCGAUUCCUCAUCCCGGCAGCACGAUACCUUGGACGCCUCUCGCGCGAUGCAAGGGCCUCCCAGGCCUUUGCUCAUGGCCUGGACAUCAUGCGCUGGCUGGAACAACCCGAAUCGCAGCCGGACCUCGACUACCUCGUUUCUGCGCCAGUGAGCUUUCCUCUUAUUGGCUUGCUUCAGAUUCUCCAUUACAUCGUCACAACUUCAUCGCUUGGGACACAUCCCGGAGGUAUGAGAAAUCGCCUGUCAGGUACAACAGGUCACUCUCAAGGCAUAAUUCUCGCAGCUAUAAUUUCAGCAUCAGCGGACUGGCACAGUUUCGAAACACAGGGCAAAAAAGCUCUUGCUAUACUCUUCUGGAUUGGCGUUCGCAGCCAAGAAGCCUAUGCACUUCCCUCAAUUGCGCCAAGCGCUUUGACUGACUCAAUAGCACAUGGUGAGGGUGAGCCUACUGCAGCGCUCUCCAUAAGGGGCGUGAGUCAGCAAGCACUCGAAAAACACAUCGCCAGCGUCAACAGAGCACUCCCGGAAGACCGGCAGAUCGUCGUAGCUUUAGUGAAUGGCGCCAAGAAUUUUGUGGUUGCUGGUCCGCCAAUGGCGUUAUACGGGCUCAACGUACAGCUUCGCAAAGUGAAAGCAGCCGAGAAUGUUGAUGAGUCUCGCAUACCAUUCAGCCAAAGAAAGCUGCAUGUCAUUAACAAGUUCCUUCCCAUAACAGCCCCCUUUCAUAGCCCCUAUCUACGAUCGGCUAUCGAGUCCCUUCGAGAAGACCUUAAGGAUACGAAAAUAUCCCCCAGCGAUCUUGCCAUUCCCGUCUAUUCAACAUUCAGCGGGAAUGAUAUCAGGAGUGAACUACAGAAGAAUGAUGACAUCGUUCCUUCUCUAGUCAAGAUGAUUUGCCAAGAUCCUGUACACUGGGACAAGGUCAUCGCGAUGCCUGAUGCAACACACAUACUCGACUUUGGUCCUGGGCGUACUGCAGGUGUUGCUGGUCUUACGAGUCGCAUCAAGGACGGCACUGGGGCUCGUGUCAUUCUCGCGACCAACAUAACGAAUCCGACGCAUCCUGAAAUCGGUUGUAAACACGAGAUUUUUGCGCGGAAGACAUCCGAUCUGGCGUACGGUGCUAACUGGGCAAAGCAAUACGGGCCGAGGCUGAUCAAGACGUCUGCGGGUCAAACAUUCGUAGAUACCAAGAUGAGCAGGCUGCUAGGUCUUCCACCCAUCAUGGUCGCUGGAAUGACCCCUACUACGGUACAUUGGGACUUCGUCGUUGCAGCGACAAAAGCCGGGUAUGAAGUCGAGUUGGCGUGCGGUGGCUACUACGAUGGAAGUAGUCUAACCGAAGCAAUCACGAAGAUCUCAAAGGAGAUACCCCCAGGUCGCGGAAUUGUCCUAAAUGUCAUUUACGCAAGUCCCAAAGCGAUUGCCUGGCAAAUUCCACUUGUACGUGACUUAUGCGCUAAAGGGCUGCCUAUUAAGGGGUUAACUAUUGGCGCCGGUGUCCCCUCCCUCGAUGUCGCGAACGAAUAUAUCCGCACUCUUGGCAUCAGGCAGAUUGGGUUCAAGCCUGGGUCCAUUCAAGCCAUCCAACAAGUCAUCAAGAUCGCCCAGGCUAAUCCCGCAUUUCCUAUAAUAAUGCAAUGGACCGGCGGUCGCGGCGGAGGACAUCACUCCUGCGAGGAUUUUCACGAGCCUAUCUUAGAAAUGUUUAGCAAGAUACGUCGCUGCGCCAAUAUCGUUCUUGUGGCCGGGUCCGGCUUUGGUGGUGCGGAUGAUACUUACCCCUAUUUGAGUGGGUCCUGGGCCAUCCGGUUUGGUAGCCCGCCCAUGCCAUUCGAUGGAGUCCUUUUCGGAAGCCGGUGUAUGGUAGCUAAGGAAGCUCACACAUCCAAAGGCGCAAAACAGGCAAUUGUCGAUGCUCAGGGAGUCGAUGACCAGGAUUGGGAGAAGACGUAUCUGAAGCCUGCCGGCGGAGGUGGCGUCAUUACUGUCAAGUCCGAAAUGGGGGAGCCGAUACACAAACUUGCCACCCGCGGCGUCAUAUUCUGGGCUGAGAUGGAUCAGAAGAUUUUCAGUCUGCCAAAGGAGAAGCGUCUCUUAGAGCUCAAGAAAAAGGAUACUCGCGAUCACAUUAUCCGAAGGCUAAACGCCGAUUUUCAGAAGCCAUGGUUCGGCCGUACUACGUCAGGUAGAGCCGUUGAACUUGAAGAUAUGACCUACUCAGAGGUUGUCUUCAGGAUGAUCGAGCUUAUGUUCAUUGAGCAUCAGAAGAGGUGGAUUGACAAAUCCCUUGCUCGAUUGACUGGAGACUUUAUCCGUUACGUGGAACAGCGUCUAGCCACACACUCUCGACUAAGUACUACCUCGCUGGUAGGAGCCUACAGCGAGCUCGACAAUCCGAUACCAAUCGUCAAAAAUCUCGUCGCAAUAUACCCAUUAGCUGCUACACAGUUCAUGAACUCUCAAGACUGUUUGCAUUUCUUAAGUCUUUGCAAGCGCCCCGGCCAAAAGCCUGUACCAUUUGUCCCACGCCUCGAUGAAGACUUCGAAGUCUGGUUUAAAAAAGAUUCACUAUGGCAGUCUGAGGAUCUCGAUGCUGUUGUUGAUCAGGAUGUUGGGAGAGUUUGCAUCUUGCAUGGACCAGUUGCAGCGAAAUAUUCGAAUACUACCGAAGAAUCUAUCAAGGAUAUCCUUGAUCGCGUUCACGAGGGCCACAUCAAAAUGCUAAAGCAUGAUCUCUACGGUGGCGACGAUGACAAGAUACCUACAGUUGAGUAUUUUGGCGACAAGAUGGCGAACGCCACCUUAAGUGCUCGCGCGGUUCUAGAAGGAGUCGCCAUUUCCGAAACUAGCAACGAGACAAGGCUAUUCAUACCAGGAACGACUCUCCCAAUUGCAAACGAGUGGAUGCAAUUACUCGCCGGCGACCAAGCAACUUGGCGACGCGCCUUGAUCACCGCAGACAUAUUCGUCAAGGGGCACCGCUUCGAACAGAAUCCUCUACGCCGUCCUCUUUCACCUUCUCGCGGGUUGAUCGUAGAUAUUGCAUACCCAGAAAAUCCCAACAAGACCGUUAUCACUGUUGAGGAAAGCAUCAGUGGCAAGCAAUUACCAACGGUGAAAAUCGGUCCCAUAUCGAAUAAUGUCAUCCCCGUGUAUCUCAUCGAACAUCGCACCGCUACGGGUAGACCAGUCUCGCUCCCGCUGCUCUUCACUUACCAUCCAGAAGCCGGUUACGCGCCUAUCCGCGAAGAAAUAGCCUUGAGAGACGAGCGCAUCAAGGACUUCUAUUAUAAGCUUUGGUUUGGCAACGAUAGACCUACAGUUCCUAUAGACGCAGCAACACCUCAUACUAAACGCUGGAAUGGUGGCACCACUACGAUCUCCAGUGCCGCAAUCCGUCAGUUCGCGCGCGCGGUCGGUAACACCGCAGAAGCUUACAUUGAGCGGCCUGGCCGAGACCAUCUCGCACCUAUGGACUUCGCUAUCCUCGUCGGCUGGAAGGCCCUCAUGGAACCCCUAUUCGACGCCGUCGACGGCGACUUACUGAAGCUGGUUCAUCUUUCGAACCGCUUCCGCAUGGUCCCUGGGGCAACCCCGUUUAUGAAAGGAGAUGUCCUGAGCGCCACGUCUGAGAUCACCGCCAUUGUUAACCAGGACUCUGGCCAGAUGGUUGAGAUUUGUGGCACGAUCGCGCGUGGCGGUGGCAAGCCGGUGAUGCAGGUCACUUCACAGUUUUUCUACCGCGGCAUCUUUGCUGAUUUUGAGAAGACGUUCCAGAGGAAGACUGAAACGCCGGUCAGGGUGCUGCUCAAGAGCCCUAAGGAUGUCGCUGUGCUCAAGGCUAAGAAGUGGUUCAGGCCUGAGGGAGCGCAAGAUCUUCUUCUGGGCCAUAGCGUGAUCUUCAAACUACAAACCUCGACACGAUUCAGUGAUAAGGUCACAUUUUCUUCCGUCGAAACUACCGGUACUAUCGAGAUUGAAAUACCAACAAGCAAGGAAUUGAUUCGUGUGGGCACGGUGGAAUACACUUCAGAUGGGCCUUCGCGCGGCAACCCUGUUCUCGAGUAUCUGGCUCGAAAUGGUUCCAAGUUGGACCAGCCCGUGUACCUCAAGCAUCCAAUUCCGAUACAGAAUAAUCACAACAAGGCUCCGUUAGAGAUCGAGGCACCUGUCUCCAACGAGAACUACGCUCGCGUAUCCGGGGACUUCAAUCCAGUUCACGUUUCGCGCGUCUUUUCCCAAUACGUCAACUUGCCUGGUACCAUAACCCAUGGCAUGUAUACUAGCGGUGCCGUCAGGAGCAUUGUGGAGACAUGGGCGACGGAGAAUCAUGCCAAUAGAAUGCGUGACUACCAAGUUAAGUUCACCGGGAUGGUGUUGCCCGGCGAUCGCCUCGAGGUCCAGCUACACCACAUUGGUAUGGUGUCGGGCUGCAUGAUCAUCCAAAUAGAGGUAGUCAAGAGUGAUGAGACAAGAGAAAAGGUCUUAGUCGGUGAAGCAAUAAUCGAGCAACCUACGUCUGCGUAUAUUUUUACGGGUCAGGGUUCUCAGGAGAAAGGGAUGGGCAUGGAGCUCUACGAGAAGAGUUCAGUCGCGAGAGAUGUCUGGGAUCGCGCUGAUAGACAUUUCCUCAACACUUUCGGCUUCUCGAUUCUCGAGAUUGUCCGACAUGAUCCCAAAGAGCUUACCGUCUACUUUGGCGGGGCCCGGGGCAAGGCCAUAAGGAAGAACUACAUGGACAUGACUUGUCAGAGCCUCGAGAUAGCUUCAGAUGGCAGUCCUAAGCUGGAGAAGGUCUUCAAAACUAUUACGGAGUGCACCACAUCCUACACGUUCCGUUCUCCAGCCGGCCUGCUCUCUGCUACGCAGUUUACACAACCGGCACUUACACUGAUGCAAAUGGCCGUGUUCGAAGAUCUACGGGCUCAGGGGGUCAUUCAGAAAGAUAGCCUUUUUGCCGGACACUCGCUCGGUGAAUAUAGCGCCCUUGCCUCUAUCGCCAAAGUGAUGCCCGUCGAGACUCUUGUAUCGGUCGUGUUUUAUCGUGGCCUGUGCAUGCAAAUCGCCGUGGAGCGCGACGAAGCCGGGCGUUCCGAUUACUCGAUGUCCGCUGUCGAUCCCUCGCGGGUUAGUCCUCGAUUCAGCGAGCAGGCGCUAAAACACGUUGUCAAGAUGAUUGCUGACGUUACUGGUUCGUUUUUGGAGAUCGUCAACUAUAACGUCCGGAACAUGCAAUACGUCUGUGCGGGCGACCUACGCGGUCUUGAUGUGCUAGGCGGCGCUCUAGACGGCAUCAAGGCGCGCAACGUGGACGUGCGGCACCUCGAGGCAGAGGAAAACCACAAGCUGUUGGUUAGCGUGAUCGAGGAGGCAAGCCGUCAAUCCCGAGCUAAACCCUCGCCUCUCGAGUUAUCGCGCGGCAAGGCGACAGUGCCGCUCCGGGGCAUCGAUGUCCCGUUCCACAGCUCGUAUCUACGUUCCGGAGUACAGUCCUUCCGCUCGUUCCUGCUCAAGAACCUCGAGGAGAAGAAUGUCGACCCGGAACAGCUCGUCCGCAAGUACAUCCCUAACCUUACGGCCAGGCCGUUCGAGCUCACGAGGGAUUACUUCGAGUACGUACACGAGAUGACGCAGUCCCCUCGCAUCGGUAAGGUUCUAGAAGGCUGGAACUAGGUGGUGGUGGUGUCGCAGCAGAUGACAGAGAUGGUAUAUACUUCGGGAGGCUGGCGUUACGGUGUGCGUCUCCUCGGUUCUUAUAGGUGCGUUUGUUGGGGGCCGUUAAGGUAUAUUCUACAUACAUACAAUAUAAUUCCGAACUUAUGUCAUAGUAUAAUUACUUAGAAGACCC